UUUGCUGUGUUCUGUCAUUAUUUUAAUGUUAUUGGCCAAAAAGGUGUUUUAUUUUGAAGGUUUUAUUCCAUUUACUGUACAAAUUAAUUUAAUUUAAACAUAUUUAGUGAAUUGAAUUUAUUUGUGAGUCCUACAAGACCAAAAUGUGCCGGAAAUAUUCAACAGUUUCAUAAUUAUUAAUUUAUAACAAGUUGUAAAAUGAACACAGUAUGUCUUAUUUGAGUACACCGGAAAAUGUUGGUUUUAGUGGCAUUUCACAAAAUAUAUCUGAUGCAAGUUGCGCCACGCAGUAUAAAAUGGCAGUGGAGAGCGUGCCAAGCAACUGUACAAGCGAAGUUAACAUGUUUGUGCAUGACAGCUCGGGGGAUGAUCAGACAUACAUAACACACCUUAACGACAACUACUUCCAUACCAAAUUUAAAAUUGAUCCCAACGAAUUGUACACGUUCCAUGACUCUGAUGUCAUAGCAAGUGAAAUAACUGUAAGUCACACUGAAGAUGCUUUUAUCUUCCCAGACAAUGUGGAUGUUAAGUCUAAACUUUUAGAAAGCCCAGAUAAGGAAUUAGAUCUAAUAGGCCCACUAACUAAUGGAGAGAUUAAAACUGAAAUAAAACAAGAGCUCAUAUCUAACGGUCACUAUACAUCAGUUCCCCAAAUGCAUAUGUCUCAAACCUACAGAGAUACUAAAAAUACCAAUACCAAAGCACCAAAAAGCAAGACACAAUCUGUGAUUGAAGUUGCAGAGCCCCAAAUAAAAGUGACUGAAGUGCGAAGGCCAAGUGCUCAUAGCCCUAAAAGUCAUUUUAUUCCUCCUUCCCCCCCUUCUUUGAAAAACAGUAUUAAUAGUGUUAGUAACAUCAAGACUGCACCAGUUCCAAAGCAGUCAGGACAGGAGACAUUUUUAGAUGUUUUUAAACGAGAACAUGGACUUUCAAGAGAGAAGGUUGAGAAUAAUAAGGUAGUUGUCAAAACUGAGCCCACAGAACCAGUAAUAAAAGUUCCCGCGGAGCCUUCUAUGAAAGUACCUGCUCCCGUCAAGAAAACUCCCACAGCAGGAAAAUCAACCCCGUCAAAGCCUCGAAAAGGCCGAGGGCCUGCUGUCCACGAAGCGUUACAGCGGAUAUUGGCACAAGCCCGUGCUGUACCUGUUCCCAAUCGAGGGUGGCAUGCACCGGGAGAAGAGAUGUUUCAGUGUGGACCCCUUGAUGGGCAGAAGUCUUCCUUUACUUUACCUCUUGAAAACAGCAGUAGUGAUGAGGACUAUAUGCCUGAUUUUGAAUCUGGUACAGGGCCAGUUUGUAUAGAAGAGACCGCAGCAGAGUCCCGUGGUGCACGUUUAGCGUUACGAAGGAGCGCUUUGAGAAGACAAGUUGCGCGGGCGCAUUCCACGCUGCGGCUUGUCGGGGAUCAUAAGAAGGAUUUAGCUCUUACUAGCCUUAUUAAGAAACAAGUGAGCAAGCAGGGUCCAUGUAGUAGGUUACCGCCGCAAACUGUGAAUUACUUGCUGACUACGCGCGGAAUGACUUCACUACUCUCGUCACAGGAGCGGAGACAACUCAGGGAAACCGGUUGGUCUGGAGGCGAAAGCGGUGUCCUAGAACAUAUAACGGGCAUCACUUGUGCCGAAGAGAGAUGUACGGAAUCUCCCGUGCCUUGCGGGCGGUACUGCUUGAAACAUGUGACUUUGGCGACAGAACAGCGACUUUACGCGUCCUGUGCAGCGGUUUUCGCGGGCGGCAGCCGAUGUAAACAGCCGCUUUUACCGCUGCAAGAUCAGACGCCGUUGUGUGCGGAACACGCUUGGAAGAGGGAUAACUACGACAAGCUGAUCCGCGAGUGCCGGCCCAAGAAGGCGGUGCCGCGCGGGCGCGCGUGGGCCCCGCCGCGCCCCAAGCGCGCCAAGCGCCGCCGCCGCGCGCCGCCGCGCCCCGCCGCGCAGCCCGCGCCCGCGCCGCCGCCGCCCGCAGCCGAUCAUAAACUCUCAGAAAUUAACGUAUGCUCAAAUUCGUCGGCAUACGACAGCUCAGACGAAACCGCGUUGGGCGCACUAAGCGAGAACGAAUACAUCAUAGUUCCCAGCCAAGAGUUAGAAGUGGAAGUCGAACAAGUACCACACGACGACAUUUUGGAUCCAGCUGUUCUCAGUCAGAUACCAGAUGAAGCCUUCACUGAGUUUUUUAAUCAAGCGGAAGGUGGCGCUCCAUUCGCGGAGAGUUCAGAAUUGGCUGCGGCAUUAGAAGCGGUUUUGGACGAGCGAGCGCUUGACGAGCGAGUGUUGGACGAGCGAGCGUUGGACACCAUCGCCGACUGCGUGUUCUCGGACCACAUAGCUAACAAUAAGAUGCAAGUACCGUCGUCCGUUCCCAUGGAAAUGUCGACAAGUGCGCCCUCAUAACGUAGUUAUAACGCCUAUGUUAAGAUGAAACUAUGUACUAUAUGUUUAGGAACAAAUUCGACAUUCAUAGUCAAAGAGUUGAAAUAUUUUUCUUCAUGCUUUAAGUUUUUUACGUGUGAGUAGUGACGAGUAGAUGUUAUUGUGAAUUGUGAAGUGGGUUAUGUGCGGUGACUUCGAUUGAUGGUCAACAAUUUCUAUGUAAACCUUCAUAUGGUAGGUAUGUCGAGUGUUGAUUGAUUUUGCAUCUUAUUUCCGGUAAAAAUAUGGAUUUCAAAGGAGUAACUUGUACAUAUAGAGUGAUUUUUUAAUGAGUAUUCAGUUUUUCGAACAAGUUAAGAUGAAGUAAUGACGCAUUUUGCCGCUCUAUACAGCGAUUAGCUCACGCGAAUGUCAAAAUAAAUUAAAAUAUGAACGGAUAGAGGUUUUGGAAACGUUAACCAAUCGAAUGGCCGGCAACACUGGUAAAAUUGCUUUUGGUAAUUGCUUUAGCUUACUUAAGUAACUGAUGUGUUAAUAAAUUACUUUUGCUAUUAACCAUAGGCACUUUAUAAAAAAAAUAAGUUUUUGAUCAAAAGAUGUAUCAAGAUAGUUUUUCGUGUUAUUAACCUAUGAAAAUGUGGAUACUGGUUAAAAAGUCACCCUGUAUACUUGUUUACUUUGGGCAGAGUUUGCAUAAGGUAUUAAUUUAUACAUUCGUGUACUAAUAUUGUUGACUAGAAUGAAUAGUAAAGUGUAAAGUGCUGGUGUUCGAAAGUGUUGUAGAUGCAUAUGUGAGAUGCGCUUUGAUAUAAAUUUCGUAAAUUAAAAUUGCUCGCAGGAAAUAAUUUCGAAAUCUGUAACUGAUUUUCUAAGCAUAAACAAGUGUAUAAAAAAGUAAAAGACAAAAGGUUUUCCUCAUGUUUCCGCAAUAGCUUUUUGAAAGAUUCUUUAAAAGGAAACAGUGUCAGAAUUAAUUACCUUCCUUAGCAAUAGCUAUGACAAAAAUACAUAGCUCAUUUGAACCCCAUUUAAUUGCUUAUGAAUUUGUCAGCAUUUAUUGCUAAAUUCUGAGAGUCUGUGUUGCAAUUUGUUAAUAUGUUUCAGAAGAGACUACUUCCUCAUAUAUAUUUAAAAAAGAAUUUAUAUUUUAUUUUUAUGAGACCAGUGACACAAAAAAAAAAUCUAAAUUUAUUUUCCCAAUUUUUAUAAAAUGGAUUCUGAUUAAUCCAUCGGCUAAUAACGAUUACUUACCACACAUUUUUUAAUAUAACCUUAAAAGGCACAUGGUUUGCUACUGUCCACCGCUUUAUCUGUCUUCUAUAAUCGAAAUCGUUCCUGCUAGAAAAUAUUUAACGAAAUUUCAUCAAAACUCAUCGCGAUUGAUUAUUUGUAAUUUUAUAAACGAAAUACAAGCAAUACUACAUGGAUCAAAACGUAACCAGAGUUAUUUUAAUAUUGCUUUAAUUAGGAAAGCGUAGAUUAUAUUUUAAUAGCGUAUACUGUGUAACAGCUGACGGCUGGUUUAUUUCUCUUUUGUACAUUUAAGUACUUGCCUAUAGUGUAAGUGAGAUAGGUUGCGGUUUCACAUUCUGUUUUGUCCUUACAAUUGUCGAGUUUUGAGAGUAAAUUGUUGUUAUUUAUGUUAUACCUUUUCCCUCGCCUCUGCGAUUUUUGGGAGUAUAUAUGUAGAUUGGAGUAUGUAGGACGCGAGAGUUUAUACAUGCAGAAUGAUAAUUAUUAUAUUUUUUUUUCUUAUAAAGCGCGCUUUAUUUGAUCUACCAAUAAUGGCCACAGUUGAUUUUUAUUAGGUUUUCUUUUUUGUUUUUACAUAUAAUACUGAUUAAUUGAUACUUUCUAUUGUUGAGAAGGAAAGUUUAAAAUUGUUAUAUUCAGGAGUAUGUAAUUCUAAACUAGACAAUUGUUAGCACGAAACUAGAUUUUAACGUCUGAUGAGUAUGAAAUCUCGAGGAUGCUUCUCGAUCGCGUUUCGCCGACAAAUAUAAUAGAAAUAGUACCAAAUAAAGAAAAUAUUUUUGUAAAAGAUUUAUGUUCCUAAAACAAGUCUUAUGUGAUUUAUUUAUGGCUGAUGUUUGCUAAAAUUCGUUUCUAGUAUUCAAUUGGUUUUAGAUUUUAUUUAUUUUGGUAAAUAUCGCAAGAACAGUUGUGAAUAAAGCAAACAUUACUUGGUUUGUUCUGAAUACCAAAAUUAGGGUUCAAUUGUCUGAUACUAAAUUGGUGAACUAUGAUCAAACUAUCUGAGUUUAAUAGACUUUAGUUUAUAUGUAAUUUACCUCGCUACAUACCCAUCCCACCUCGUUACCAUAACUCGGUUGUUCGCCCUUAUUAAGGUUCAAAGUAGCUUAGUAACUAGUAAAAAGUGGACGGAGAGCAGGCGGGCUUUGUGUAAAAUUUUUAUGACGUCAAUUUUUAUUUUUAUUAUGACGUGAAAUGGGACAGCGAUAGUUUUCCGCACGAUAAAAACGGAGUCGCGCGUGCCAUUCUACGAGGGCCGGAUCAUGUCUAUAGGGGCACCUCGGGCUCCUACCCGGAGAGGUGAGGAUGUACCCGAGACUAACGCCAGGUCAUGGUGAAUUGAAGAGGACUUAUGUGUUUUUCUGCGUGAUCAUUAUAAGGAAUUAGAAAAAUCCGUAGAAGAAUAAAAGUCACUGACAGAGCCGUUAGACUCCUGUCCCAGACUUUGCUCCGUAGUAAUUUUUAGGAAUUGAAAUAGGAAUCUCAUCGAAAUAUCAAUAUUUCCUUUAAUAAGUACAGAAGAAUGAAUUUUACAAUAUUUUCUAUCGGGUAUCAGAACAGCCAUAUCAGCCAAAGUUGAUUUCGAUGUUCAUAAGAAAAUACAUAUCUCCCGUAAAUAUCUAACUGUUUACAACGUUUGAAUAUAAUAAUAGUUCAUCUAUUUAGUGGUAGUUUCAAUUGGACCUCACGAUUAAAUAAUAACCUUUUUUUAUUGUAUAUCGGAUGAAUUUAAUCUGGUACCGAAAAUAUGUGACAUCAAGUUGUGAAAUAUUAUAAAGGCGAUGCAAAACAUGUUUUAUAAAAUUGACUUAUAGUUUUCGUCAAGACUAAAUUUACUUAACCGGAGAUUUGAGCUGGCAUCGGUAUAAUUAUCGUUAAGUAUGCAACAAGUGUGCAUUGUAAUUUGCAAUGUUAUGGAUUAUAGUGAAUGCGAUGUUCAAUAUAAAUAAACAACUGAAGACGGCCAUUUUAUGAAAGCAGAGUUAAUCAAAACAUACAAUGCGAUGUACAAU